AUGAAUAAUGACAUACGGAGAUCAAAUAGACCUUUCCUUGAGGAUAAAACAGAAGAUGAUUUCUUUCAGAUUGAUGUUAGGUUUUGUAGUGGAAAACCAACUACAAUUGUUGCUUCUAGAAUGGGAUUCUAUCCUGCUGGAAAACGUCCACUUGUGAGUCAUACAAUGGUGGGUCUCCUUCAGCAGAUAAGCAGGGUGUUUGAUGCUGCCUACAAGGCACUUAUGAAGGCAUUUACAGACCACAAUAAAUUUGGCAAUCUUCCUUAUGGUUUUCGUGCAAACACAUGGGUUGUUCCUCCAGUUGUUUCUGACAAUCCAUCAGUCUUUCCGCCACUUCCCAUGGAAGAUGAAACCUGGGGAGGAAGUGGGGGUGGACAAGGCAGAGAUGGUAGUCACGAGAAUAGACAGUGGGCCAGAGAUUUUGCAAUUCUAGCUGCAAUGCCAUGUCAAACUGCAGAGGAGAGACAAAUUCGAGAUAGGAAAGCUUUUCUACUUCAUAGUUUAUUCGUCGAUGUAUCAGUCUUCAAAGCAGUUUCUGCAAUAAAGAAUUUAGUGGAUAUAAAGCAAUCUUCUAGUAAUUCAUCUUUGCCAACUUCCUAUGAAGAGAGAAUUGGAGAUUUAACUAUUACAGUGACAAGAGAUGUAUCCGAUGCAAGUUUGAAGUUGGACUGCAAAAAUGAUGGAAAUCGAGUUCUUGGACUGUCUGAGGAAGAAUUAGCUCAGAGAAACCUUCUCAAAGGCAUAACUGCUGAUGAGAGUGCAACUGUUCAUGAUACUCCAACUUUAGGUGCGGUACUUGUAAAACAUUGUGGCUACACAGCUGUGGUAAAGGCCUCAGCUGACAGAGAUUUGGAGGAGAGUCCUAAUUCCUUGGAAAUUGAUAUUGAGGAGCAGCCUGAAGGAGGCGCAAACGCAUUGAAUAUUAACAGCUUAAGGAUGCUGUUGCAUAAGUCAUCUUCACCCCAAUCAUCUAAUGCAAUUCAACGAAUCCAGGGCACAGAUAUUGAAUAUUCACGUUCAACUCAGUCAUUGGUAAGGAAAGUCCUAGAGGAAAGUUUACUGAAAUUGAACGAAGAAACCACUAGACACAGUAAGUCUAUCAGAUGGGAGCUUGGGGCAUGUUGGGUACAACACAUACAAAAUCAAGCUACUGGGAAAACUGAGCCAAAAAAGGCAGAAGAGGGUAAAGUUGAACAGGCUGUUAAAGGUCUUGGGAAGCAAGGUGGACUACUAAAGGAAUUAAAGAAAAAGAUUGAUAACAAAAUGUCCAAAGUUGAAGUAGGAAAGGAUAUUUCCCCAUGUAAUAGCGAUAACAUAAACAAGCCAGAAGCCACUAAACAGGAAUUAGAGAGACAAGAUGAAGAAAAGGAAACUAUAUGGAGAAAGCUGCUUUCUGAUGCUGCAUAUACACGCCUUAAAGAAUCUAAAACUGAUCUUCAUUUGAAGUCACCUGAUGAAUUGAUCGAAAUGGCACAUAAAUAUUAUGUUGAUACUGCACUUCCAAAGCUGGUGGCAGAUUUUGGGUCCCUUGAACUCUCUCCUGUUGAUGGAAGGACGUUGACUGAUUUCAUGCAUACCAGGGGCUUGCAAAUGUCUUCCUUAGGCCGAGUGGUUGAGCUUGCAGAUAAACUUCCACAUGUGCAAUCUCUAUGUAUACAUGAGAUGGUUGUUCGAGCCUAUAAGCAUAUCUUGCAAGCAGUUGUUGCAGCAGUUGAUAAUGUUUCUGAGUUGGCUUCAUCUAUAGCAUCAUGCCUAAAUAUUUUGUUGGGAACACCAUCAUCUGAAACUAGUGAUGACGAUAUUAUUACUAGUUACGAACUGAAAUGGAGAUGGGUGGAAAACUUCCUUUUGAAGAGGUUUGGAUGGCAAUGGAAGGAUGAAAAUGGUCAAGAUUUAAGAAAGUUUGCGAUUCUUCGGGGACUCUGCCAUAAGGUGGGGCUUGAGCUGGUUCCUAGGGACUAUGAUAUAGAUUCAUCAUGUCCUUUUAGAAAGACGGAUAUUGUAAGCAUGGUCCCCAUAUAUAAGCAUGUAGCUUGCUCAUCUGCUGAUGGCCGCACACUUUUGGAAUCGUCUAAGACUUCCUUGGAUAAAGGUAAACUGGAGGAUGCCGUCAAUUAUGGCACAAAGGCACUCUCAAAGUUAGUGUCGGUAUGUGGGCCUUACCAUAGAAUGACAGCAGGAGCAUAUAGUCUUUUGGCUGUUGUGCUGUACCAUACUGGAGAUUUCAAUCAGGCCACUAUCUAUCAACAAAAGGCACUAGAUAUUAACGAAAGAGAGCUUGGACUGGACCAUCCUGAUACGAUGAAAAGUUAUGGAGAUCUUGCCGUUUUCUAUUAUCGACUCCAACAUACAGAGUUGGCUUUAAAGUAUGUUAAUCGUGCUUUGUAUCUUCUGCACUUGACAUGCGGACCUUCACAUCCAAACACUGCUGCCACCUACAUUAACGUGGCUAUGAUGGAAGAAGGAUUGGGGAAUGUCCAUGUUGCUCUCAGAUACCUUCACGAGGCUUUAAAAUGCAACAAAAGAUUACUUGGAGCUGAUCAUAUUCAGACGGCUGCAAGCUACCAUGCGAUAGCUAUUGCUCUUUCUUUGAUGGAAGCAUACUCUCUAAGUGUUCAGCACGAACAGACCACCCUUCAGAUCCUGCAAGCUAAACUUGGUGCUGAGGAUCUAAGGACACAGGAUGCAGCUGCAUGGCUAGAAUACUUUGAGUCAAAGGCUCUAGAGCAACAGGAGGCUGCACGGAAUGGUACACCUAAGCCAGAUGCCUCAAUCUCCAGUAAAGGUCAUUUAAGGUAG